GUGAAUUUAAUCGUAAUUUCAUUAAAAUAAUUAGAAUUCAAAAAUUUUCCUAUGAAGAAUCUCUAAUUUGAAUGCAAACGUUUUUCAUGUUUGUGUGUUCUAACAGCUAACAAUACAUUUUGGUUCUACUAAUCAGCUCAUCUAAUCAAAGAUCAACAGUGAAUAAAUCUCAAAAUUUGAUCACAACUCUAAGAAAUACAGUCUAAUAAAUUAAUAAACCCCAACAACCCAACAACAAUCAUUGCUUCUAACCAUAACCAUUGACCGACUGUUACUUCAGCCAAAUCCAGCUAGCGUUAGUUAAAGACAACAUCACAACAUCUCAGUCAACUAGUCAGCUCUAUAUUAAUAAGAGUAUAAUAACAAUGAAAUAAUAAUAAUUUAAAAAUGAAUAUGAAUAAUAAUAACACUGUAAAAAAGAAUAAUAAUCCAGAUAAUGUGGCAAAUAACAACAGCAACAAUAAUAAUAACAACAAUAAUAAUAAUAAUUUAAAUAUAGAAGACAUAGAGGGUUACGUUCGACACUUCGACAUUCAUAAUCACAUGAGAGAUUGCAUUAUUCAACUUUGUGUCAACAGGCCAGAGAAUCCAUUCUCAUUUAUUAGGGAUUUUUUUGAGAAAAUAAAUAAGGAAAGUAAUUUGACAAAUCUAACAACAUCUACCACAUCUACAGAGGAUAAGGAGGAAGAAUUAGGGAUUAGGAACACUGGACCCUCAAGCAUUCGGAGGAGGGGCGGAGUCAGUUCAGAGGUCAUUCCUGUUCAAGAUGCACUUUUCUAUGUCAAGAGGGUGGUGCCCAAAGAUUAUAAAACUAUGGCGGCCCUGAGUAGAGCCAUCUCGAAGAAUGUUCUGUUCUUACAUCUCGAUGAAAAUGAAAGGAGCGACAUUUUUGACGCCAUGUUCCCAAUACAUAGGCAUGCCGGGGAGGUCAUAAUACAGAAAGGAGAUGAGGGUGAUAAUUUCUACGUUAUUGACCACGGUGAAGUAGAAGUAUACGUCGAUGGCAAAUUAGUGAAUACGAUCGGGGAUGGUGGCAGUUUUGGGGAGUUGGCCCUCAUUUACGGGACACCGAGAGCGGCCACUGUUAAGGCAAAAACAGAUGUCAAACUCUGGGGCAUAGACAGAGAUUCAUACAGAAGGAUAUUAAUGGGUAGCACUAUUAGAAAGAGAAGAAUGUAUGAUGAGUUCCUAUCAAAAGUAACAGUGCUAGAGAGCCUAGACCUGUGGGAGCGACAUGCGGUGGCCGAUGUCUUGGAGCCCUGUCAGUUCGAGGACGGAGAGGAGGUGGUUAGGCAGGGUGAUCCAGGCGACGACUUCUUCAUCAUUCUUGAGGGCAAUGCCACGGUGUACCAGAAAACAAACGAAAAUUCAGAACCAUGCAUUGUUAGCAGUCUCGGUCCGUCUGAAUAUUUUGGUGAGAUAGCUCUUUUACUGGACAGACCAAGGGCCGCAACUGUGGUAGCCAAUGGCCAGUUAAAGUGCGUCAAAAUGGAUAGGGAUAGAUUCGAACGAGUCCUAGGGCCAUGUUCGGAUAUCAUCAAGAGAAAUAUCUCUCAUUACAACAGCUUCGUUUCACUUUCAGUUUGAAGGUGAAAAACAGGGAAAAAACCAGAAAAACAAAUUAAAAGUCAACCCAAAAUUAGUAACUCUGGAAAAACUAUUAUCAAAUUAUCAAUAAUGAAAAAGCUAGAAAAAUUCAAUCUACCUCUGAUUUGGAAUUUCCUCUGAAGAAUCAAUCUAAAGAGCCACAAAAAAUGGAAGACCCACCCUUUCCCUUCGGUUUAGUAUUUCCCUCCAAAAAAAGUUUUAUAGUUUGAUUUUAUUUCUUUUUUAUCUUUUGUCAUCUUUACAAUCCUCAUCGUAUUUUGAUUUUAAAUUAUUCAUUUGAUCAUUAUUUGGAAUUUUCAAUUUGCAUUGCUAUGCACACAAACUACACACACACACGACACACAUACAUAUAUAUAUUGGAUUAAAAUAGCUAAUUUAUCAUCAUUAUGAAAUCACCCACCCAACACGCAUGAUAUCACAUUAACCAUUUAAAUAAUGAUAUUAUAGCAGUCAUUUAAUGUAAUUAAUGUCAACGUUAUUGUCGUAAUUAAUGUGAUAAUAACUGCUUACUUUUUGCAAUGCACAUAUAUGUGUACACGCGCACUUACACACACACAUAUAUGUAUAUGUGUGUGUGUGUGUUAUUUUUAUCACCCCAUGUGUAUGUAUUCAUAUAUCAAAUGAUUUUAUCAUUAUUGUCAAUCUAUUUCUUAUAUUUUAAUAUCUUACUGUUUAUAUUUUUCAUACUCGGGAGAGUGAGAGAGAGAGAGAGAUAGAUAAAAGAGAGUGAAUGAUG